AAUCUUGGGGAUCAGCCUUAGUUCGGUUUCUGUUUCUCUUUCACUCAUCACCACUUUUGUGCUAAGACUUUUCAUCAAGCACAGAGAUACCCCUAUAGUCAAAGCCAACAAUCGGGACAUCAGCUACAUUCUCCUUGUCUCCCUCCUCCUCUGCUUCCUCUGUUCUUUGCUGUUUCUUGGAAGACCUACGGAGGUGACCUGCAUUCUCCGUCAAACUACUUUUGGUAUUGUCUUCUCUGUGGCUGUUUCUUGUGUGUUGGCUAAAACCAUCACUGUGGUUGUUGCUUUUAUGGCCACCAAACCAGGGUCUAGCAUGAGGAAGUGGGUGGGCAAAAGACUGGCCAACUCCAUUGUGCUUUCAAGCUCUCUUAUUCAAGCAGGCAUUUGUGUGGUGUGGCUGGCAAUCUCUCCCCCAUUCCCAGAUUUGGACAUGCACUCACAGGCUGUGGAGAUCAUAGUUGAAUGCAACGAAGGUUCUGUCCUCAUGUUUUAUCUUGUCCUGGGCUACAUGGGCCUUCUAGCCAUCAUCAGCUUCAAUGUGGCUUUCCUGGCCAGGAAGUUGCCGGACACUUUCAAUGAGGCCAAAUUUAUCACCUUCAGCAUGUUGAUGUUUUCUAGUGUUUGGAUGUCCUUUGUCCCUACCUACCUGAGCACCAAGGGAAAAUAUAUGGUAGCUGUAGAGAUCUUCUCCAUCUUAGCCUCUGGUGCUGGGAUAUUGUGUUGUAUCUUUGUCCCUAAAUGCUACAUUAUUCUGCUGAAGCCCAAGCUGAACAUCAAAGAGCAACUAGCAAAGAGAUAUAAUUAA